CGAUAUGUUUUUCAGUUAUAGUAUCGGAAGGCUUUCCUUGCCACUUGGCAUUACGUCAAUGUUGGAGACCCCUAUAGGGACAUAUUGGUUGUACGGGGCAGGUAGCCAUUAUUAAUAUUUUGCUAGAUAUAUAUUUGCAGUUUGGGCACAGUCAGGUGAUUACGAAAACGAAUAAGGUGUCAGUGGUAGUUUGCAAGUCAAGGUGAUCGUUUUAUGUCCACAAUGAAUCCUGAAUAUGACUACCUGUUCAAAUUGUUGCUGAUUGGAGACUCUGGCGUUGGCAAGUCCUGUCUGCUGUUGAGAUUUGCGGAUGACACGUACACAGAAAGCUACAUUAGCACAAUUGGAGUAGACUUUAAAAUUAGGACAAUUGACCUAGAUGGAAAAACUAUAAAGUUGCAAAUUUGGGACACGGCCGGCCAGGAGCGGUUCCGCACCAUCACCUCGAGCUACUACCGGGGAGCUCACGGCAUCAUCGUGGUGUACGACUGCACAGACCAGGAGAGCUUCAACAACGUGAAGCAGUGGCUGGAGGAGAUAGACCGCUACGCCUGCGACAGUGUCAACAAGCUGCUGGUCGGCAACAAGUGCGACCUCACCACGAAGAAGGUCGUGGAUUACACCACCGCCAAGGAGUAUGCCGACCAGUUGGGCAUUCCCUUCCUGGAAACGUCUGCAAAGAACGCGACGAAUGUAGAACAGGCCUUCAUGACCAUGGCUGCUGAGAUAAAGAACAGGGUCGGGCCACCUUCGUCUGCUGCCGACACGACUAACAAAGUGAAGAUAGACCAAGGCCGGCCCAUAGAGACGACCAAGUCAGGAUGCUGCUGAAACUAAUCAGGUUCUGAAAGUGCGACAGUGUGCAUAUUGAGUCGUGACCUACGUCAACAUUACACUUACAGUGGAUGUUUCAGAUGCUUUGGACUUGUGUACCAGUUUUUUUAUAACUAGAAGUUAAUUCCAAAGUGUUGCUGGAAUUUCCUUGUUUGUGUACUUGGUCACAUACCAGGAACGAAAAGGAAAAAAGACUAAACAUAAACAUAUAUACAUAAUAUAAUUUUUUUAAGCAACAAUUUUUUGAUCUAAACCUGUAUUGGAAGAUGUGCACCAGUAUAUAAAUAUUUUGCACAGAUCCUGCUAAAUUGUUGGUCUAUAGAAUUUGUGAGAAGUUCGCAGUGGAAAGUGUCAUCGUUGGCCCAAGUAAUGAAUUUCAGAGACUUGAAAAGAAAUUUGUAUUUCUAAGCAUUUCGCACCAUGUAACAUAUAUAAAUAUACAUGCAUAUUAUACAUAAUAUAAAUAUGUAAACGUAUUUUGUUUAUUUUUAGUUAAUAAAGAAAAGGUUUAGGACUGUUCUUGUGGGGAAGCAAGUUCAUAACAUUCUUCAACUGCUUUCAGUGUUUUCAAGGUUCAUCGCGUUAUAGACAGUAGCAGAAAACGCUUCUCGCAACUUUUCUUUAAUUUUUGUUUUCAAGAGAAUCUGUGUUGGUUGCCGUGUGAAGUUUCAUAGUGAAGCGUCUCGUCAUUCCAUAAGUUAUUGUUAGUUUAUUACUGAUAAAUUUGUAGUCUGUGUUUCUUCAGAAUGUAAGUGAAUAAAUGUGCUAAACGA